AUGUCAUAUCUAACAAGAAUCAUCCCAGCACUUGCUACAGCUAAGCCUCGGUGGCUUAGUGGCAAAGGAGUAGAACAUGUCCAAAAUCAUGCAGCAGAUCGACUGCCGUCUGAAACGAACAAAAUAAUUGACUCCCUCGACGCUGUUCAACCUGGGAUAUUCAGCGGCAACGAAGUUGAACGUCUCAAGGUACGCGCUGCAGCACGUCGGCUACUUGCUAGAGUGGAGACUCCAUAUGAGCGUGCCUGGGGCUUCUGUUUCGAACAGCCCGUGGUUUUUGCCGCUCUACAGACAUGCAUUGACCUGGGCCUUUGGAAGUCUUGGACGGAUGUCGGAGGCGAGAAAUCUAUCGACGAACUGGUCGCAUUCACCACUCCCAGUGUCGAUACAAAUCUGCUCCGUCGAUUAUUCCGCUUGCUGGCUGCUUUCAACGUGGUUGAGGAGACGGCGAAAGACAGAUUCAAACCAACACCGUUCUCGACCGCUAUUGGCGACGAGAGCACCAAGGUCCGCGCCUCGCUUCAAGCAGCGACGAAUCAAUACCUUGCUGCUGGCCAUAACCUGCCGACUUAUCUCGCCAAAAUAUCUUACCAAGAGCCCACGGAAGUCAAUACAAAUAAUUACUCGGACAGUGACCCCGACGGUCUCAACUUCUUUGGGCGAUUGCAGAAAAGCCCCGCUUACUUUGAAGCUUUCAAUGGACACAUGGAGGCCUGGACGGCAUGGAAGACCCCCUGGACAAAGGUCUACGAUACCACAAAGUUGCUAGAGGGUGCCAAACUAGACGAUGGCUCUCCUUUCGUGGUUGAUAUCGGUGGAGGUAAUGGGAUCGAUAUCUCCCAUGUUCUUGCAAAACACCCGGACCUACCUGGUGGCUCACUGGUCCUGCAAGAUCUUCCAGAAGUAAUUGCGAAUCUGCAAGUUGAUGAGCAAAUCACGACCAUGGUUCAUGAUUUCUUUUUACCUCAGCCAGUAAAAGGAAGCCGUGCAUACUUCAUGCACGCAGUUCUUCACGAUUGGCCGGAUGACAAGGCUAAACAAUUACUUUUGAACACCAAGGACGCAAUGAUCAAGGGCUACUCCAGGCUUUUUAUCUAUGAUAUCGUUCUUCCGCCCACAGGAGCGAGUAUCAGCCAGACUACAAUGGACGUGGAGAUGAUGUCGCUGUUGUCCGCUGCCGAGCGAACGCAGGGCACAUGGACGAAGCUGUUGACCGAUGCCGGGUUUCGAAUCGUCAAGUUUUGGCCCGACCCUCAGCAGUAUGAAAUGGUCAUUGAGGCUGAGCUUGCCUAG